AUGUAUAUUGAUAUAUAAGAAAGGAAAAGGGCCUCAACAUUGUUCUGGUUUUUUAAACGUGGAUGGUUCUGAACAUUGGUGGAUACCAAUCAUGCAAAUAUAUCCAUGUCAUCACUGUUGAAGUAAAAAGCAUCAAACCUUUUGAGUUAAUCAUUCAGCCAGAUGAACCCACUUCUAUCGGGGAUAUCAAGGGGAUGUAAGCAAGGACCACGCAUGCAACGAAUCCACAGAUGUGUCCGAAGGAUUUGGCACAAGAGUUUGAGCUGACAGGAAGGAUUCGGUAGCCAUGGACCUCAGUCCAUCCAUGCUGCUCAAGAUGGGGACAGCUCGCGUCCUGUCCGAGGUCCUGAAUUCCACUGAGGCUCUGAAUGCGACACGCUGUGGCUUGCCUCAGCUUGUGCAGGUUCCAGAGAUCCAAAGUGUGGUCGUUGUAGAGAGUUGUAUGUCAUACGACUCCCUGUUCGGCUCUACGGAUCGCUGCUUUUAUGAUCGCAAUCGAACUCUCGCUGGCGGGGAAGUGGCAGUGGUUGGCAGUGGGGAGAGCGAGCUCUUGAUGCAGCAGCAUGGCAACGGAGUAUGCUUUGCCUGGGGCAAAACAAGCUACACCAGUGGCGGUUACAGUAACAGCAGAAAGGAGUUUGAGUGCAAGAACAGGUGCUUGAGUUUGAUGGAAUGGACUCCUUUGGUAGCCGCUUUGAAAACAAGGACUGGUUCACCCACUCGGGACAGUACACUAACUCCCGAACCCAAUUCUGGAAAGUCACCAAAAUGCAGCUACUCACUAAGACUGAGGGUUCUGGAGGUGUAGAAGAGCUUGGUGGGGCCGCAGAUGGGGCUAUCGCGAUCCUGAAGUCCUUCGGGUAUUUGUGCUUCCUUCUUGCAUUGCUAGCAUGCUGUUGCUGGCCAUUAUACAAGCGCUACUGCCAGCCCAAGUCAAGCACUGUCGAUGAGCAGCCUGCUGGCCCUGAUUUGAAUGCAAUCGCAGAGGAGUCUGCUGUUCCUGAAUCAGAUACUAUGAAUGAGCAAUCUGCUGCCAGCUCUAAAUCAAGCGCAAUUUAAGGAUCUGCCCAAUUAAGCUGUGCCUAACAACUAGGCGCAAAUGGUGCCUUUUAAUUCGUACAGACUUGCAUCUCAGUUUGUACAGACUCUUGUCUCCGUUCGUGCAGACUUGAUCGGAGCCGGACAGAUGCACGCCACAGACCGAUGCUUUCCUGACGCUUUCGGCCUCCCAGAAAAAGAACAAAACAGAUGUGUG